AUGCUAACCGCAGAACCCAUAUCUCAGACUCUGGAAGAACUCAUGGAGAAAACAGACCUCGUGGAGUAUCCACAGACGCUCAAGUACAUCAGAGGCGCGUUGACCAAAAGCUCGCUCCGAAACUUUAUCCAGCAACUACCCAUGAUGGGCUUUCCAAGGCCGGCUCCUCCUACAUCUUCAGCGGAGAAAUGGGCGCCGACUUCAGGGCUCAACCGGUCGUUCUACGAUACGUUCAAGAAGCUGCUGGAGCAGCAGAGCAAGGCGUCUGAUGAUGCAGAGCCGGUGGAAAUUCCCAAGGUCAACGAUCUGACAAAGCGCCUGGAGCAGCAGUUUCAAAAGGUCUUUGGCCAGAUUGGGCAGACGCAAAGGAGAGGUAUUCUUCACCGAUCACCCAUCACUCUUCACAGUGACUGCGAUAAGACGGUUCUUGAUGUUACGAUGCGCUACGAUGGUUGUUCUAUUUUUGUUGCCUCGAGAUUGGCAACGUCGCAACAUAUACUGUACCUCUAUCAAGUUCACAUACAGUCGGAAAACGGAGUCAGCUCUACCCAAGAGAUACUUGUGGGGGGUAUCGACCUUAAGGAAGGAGUAAUCGGCCAAGUGCAGUUUGGCGAUGAUGACAAGAUGAUGAUUCUGUGGACCAACAACGGAGGAGCUUCGUACCUUCUUCACAUCCCGUUCCGUGGACGUCGAUAUUCGCCGAAAGAUCCAAACGCCCCGUUUACUAUCAAGAUGCAUAACAAUUACGGGGACCGCGUUAAGCUUACACCUUUGGAUAUCACAUCCUCGGAGCCGCGCAUCGUGGACCUCGUCAAGCAUCGCUUCCCGGGCAAAGCUCGACCGGUCAAAAUCGAUGUAAACGGACGGCAAGGGCGGCGAGCGAUUUGCGUGCUGUACGGCGAGGGGCUACGGUACGAGGUCUUGGACAUGGACGCUGAGAUGGAAGACGGGGAAGAAGAAGAAGACGAAGAAGUCGACAAAUCAUGA